GAGCUAGAUGGACCUGUGGUCUGACCCAGUAUGGCCAUUCUUAUGUUAAAUCUUACUAUGCAGCAUCCCUUAGCACAAUAAAUUAUUACUUAAAAAAAUAAGGCUAUCAGAUUAAAAUAUUGUACAGGACAGUUUUUCCCUACCCUUUUAUGGCAUUAGCAAGCUACAUCUGUUACUUGCACUCAUUUCAGAAAUGACUGGUUAAGAACAAAGAAAAAAAGUAUGACUCUUUCCCUUGUGCUGAUUUAUAAUAAAAUCCAUUCACAUCACCCCUUUUUGCCCCAAAGUACUUUACAAAGCACAUACAAAAUCAGCACUGCAUGUGCAGAAUUUUAGAUGCUGUGAGACACACAGCAUUUCAGAUAUUAACAAAGAGAAAAUUCCACAAUAGUAGAGAUACCAGAAGAGUGUGUGCCUAGAGCUCAUCACACCAAUCAGCUCAGCUCCCACAGAGAUGUCAGAUUGUCUUGCUGUAAAGAGAUUUCACAAUUGUAAUGAGCAUGGUUUUCCAAAAAUCCCUAAGCGUGGCAGGUUCACCAAAUUCAUUCUGUCUCCAUGCAGCCCCAGAAAGAUUCCCCCAUUUUUAUUUAGUUUAUUGCUAUACUAAAAUAAGCAGUUUAAGCUGUAUUUAUAAGGCUCUUAACCUGCAGAGACUUGAGCAUAUGUUUAUCAUUACUCAGGUGUGGAAAGCAGAGACCCCCUCAUGGUACAUGAAGUUAAGCAUGUGUGUAUGAAAGGGGCCUAUGUUUCCUAAUGUCUCCUGCUUUGGGUGUGUACACUGUCUUCCUCCUGUCACCAUCACCCCAUACUAAAAUCUUUGGGCAGAUGAUGAAAAAGGCAGUUAACUUUGCUUCUGUCAAAGCACAGCACUGCAAGUUGAUUUCAUCAUCUAUCAAUUUGGUGGCAAGUUGGAUUUGUUGUUUUAAAAGCAAGGAAAGAGGGGGAACAAACAGGGGACCAAACAAGUGAGCUGCCCAGAUACCACAAUGGAGGAUGUAGAGUAGAGUGUCACGCUGACUGACGUGACACUCUACUCAAAAGAAGGUGGGAAGUCGUUGGAGAAGAGGUUUUUUUUUUUAAACCUAAAUUUCAAACUUUUCUUGCCAGCUCUAGUAUCUGGGGGUGGGGGUACGGAUAGCUCAGUGGUUUUAGCAUUGACCCACCAAACCCAGGGUUGUAAGCUCAAUCCUUAAGAGGGCCACUUAGAAAUCUGGAUCAAAAAUUGGUCAUGCUAGUGAAGGCAGGGGGAUGGACUCAAUGACCUUUCAAGGUCCCUUCCAGUUCUAGGACAUUAGUAUAUCUCCAAUUAGUAGUCCCUUAUUACAAACAGGCUGCUGCCACCAAGCCAGAAACAGUUGGUAACAGCAUGAGCUGCAGGGCCGAGCACAGUUCUUAGGUUUUGGCUGGCAACAGCUGUGCUGGGUAUUGGCCAGCAAGGUGCGGGGCUGAAGCGGGAGGAAGGAAGAGAGCGGACGGAGAUGAAAGCCAGCCACAAGGUGAGAUGUAUAAACGGAAAGGGCACACUCAGAGCUGCUGCCGCGCCUGGCUGUGAGGCUCGCUCCAAGACGCUUGAUCUUCAGUCCCGUCCCUUGGCCCUUUAAUACCAAAAAGGAGUAUUGAGGCCACAACCAGCCCGCGGAGAAGGGUGGGAAGCCAGUCUGCCUGUGACACUUCCCCCAGCAGGGGGCCGCCAUAUUGCAAUACGGAAGAGGCGCCAUUUUGCAUCAGGGAAGAUUUGAUGGCUCUUCCUCAACAACAGGGCGCCGCCAUUUUAGAUUACGGAAUUCCCUGCCCCCCGCAAUGGUGGAUGUUCGGCAAGAGGGCGCAGCCAUUUUGGGUUACGAACGAAACGGCAACGCACAGGGGUCCUCACCCUCCCUUCGUUUAGGUGUCUUCAUAAAAUGCCCGCGGAGAAUCCCCUCUUUUUUCGCCCCGCUCUCAAGAUGGCGUCGAUGCGGGAGAGCGACACUGGCCUGUGGCUGCACAACAAGCUGGGCUCCACGGACGAGCUGUGGGCGCCGCCGAGCAUCGCCUCGCUGCUCACGGCCUCGGUGAUCGACAACAUCCGCCUCUGCUUCCACAGCCUCUCCUCGGCCGUCAAGCUCAAACUGCUGCUGGGGAUGCUGCAUCUGCCCCGCCGGGCGGUGGAUGAGAUGAAAGGUGCACUGACUGAAAUUAUCCAGCUCGCUACCUUGGAUUCAGACCCCUGGGUCUUAAUGGUAGCUGAUAUUUUAAAAUCCUUUCCAGAUACUGGCUCCCUUAACCUUGAUCUUGAAGAACAGAAUCCCAAUGUUCAAGAUAUUUUAGGAGAACUUAGGGAAAAAGUAAGUGAAUGUGAAACAUCAGCUAUGUUGCCGUUGGAGUGCCAGUACUUAAACAAAAAUGCCUUGACAACACUAGCUGGGCCACUUACUCCCCCAGUGAAACACUUCCAGCUGAAAAGAAAACCCAAAAGUGCCACUCUUCGAGCAGAACUCUUGCAGAAAUCAACAGAAACAGCACAACAGCUCAAGAAGACUGCAGGAGUGCCUUUCCAUGCCAAAGGAAGGGGGCUGGUCAAAAAAAUAGAUACAACAACCCCACUCAAAGGAAUACCAAAACAAGCUCCAUUCAGGAGUCCCACAGCACCUAGUGUAUUUAGCCCUGCUGGAAACAGAACCCCUAUACCUCCUUCAAGAACACCUCUGCGCAAAGAAAGAGGAGUGAAGCUACUAGAUAUCUCAGAGUUGGAUAUGGUUGGUGCUGGUCGUGAAGCAAAGAGAAGAAGAAAGACUUUAGAUACAGAAGUGGUGGAAAAACAAGCCAAAGAGGAAACAGUAGUGGAAAAUGCAACUCCAGAUUAUGCUGUUGGCCUUGUGUCUACCCAGAAACUUGGUCCUCUGAACAAUGAGUCUGCACUACCUUCUACAAGCUAUUUGCCUGCAACACCCAGUGUGGUUCCAUCUUCCUCCUAUAUCCCAAGCUCUGAAGUGCAGCCAGCUGGAUCUGUGCGAGAGGCCAUACAGACGAACAGACAACCUGAAGAGCCUACAGCUCCAAACACGACUCCUCUUCCUGCUCAGUUCAAACAACGAACACCCAUGUAUAACAGUAACUCAAAUCCAUCUGCAGCCACACCGACUUCACCUCUAACACCUACUACGCCUCCCGCUAUUUCCCCUGCCGCACAACCUCCACAAGUAGCCCCCCAAACUCCGCAGCAGCCACCGCCCAAGAAAAGCCUUUCUCUCACGAGAGAGCAAAUGUAUGCUGCGCAGGAAAUGUUCAAGACUGCAAACAAAGUUACCAGGCCAGAAAAGGCUCUUAUCCUUGGGUUCAUGGCAGGAUCUAGAGAGAAUCCUUGCCAAGAGCAAGGCGACAUCAUUCAGAUUAAACUUAGUGAGCAUACAGAAGUUUUACCAAAGGCCGAUGGCACUGGGAGCACCACCAUGUUAGUUGACACAGUCUUUGAAAUGAACUAUGCUACAGGCCAGUGGACCAGACUCAAGAAGUACAAACCUAUAACUAAUGUUUCCUAAGAGAUUCAGUAACAACAAACUGCGGACCAAACCAAGACUAGAAUCAGCCAGCUCCUGUAGAGUGCGUCAGUUGUACAAAAUGGCAUUCAUGUGUAGGUUUCUUAUUCCCUUCCAGAAGACAAGUUGUGGCUAUCCAAACUAACUGGGCUCAGGUGACUGCAGUAUGAAGAUACUGUCAAACUGACAGAUUUAUUUUUUUUUAAGGUGGCGGAAAAGUUAACAUUUGUUCUGUGAUUCAGGGUGCCAGAAAUUGAGAUCACAGCUGAAAAUUUGCUUUUCACUUUGAGAGCAUUUCAGUUCCAAGCACUGAGGAAAGGACAAUUACAGAAUCACAGUUUACCACUAAGCAAGGGCAUAGAUUUUAUUGCAGAAUAUUUACUCUGACUACAUGGGUUCCAUCCACAUAUGGACACUUGCACCACCACAG